AUGAAGAGACAAAGUACAUUGUCAUCUUUUUUUAUAAGUAAACAAAGCAGAAACGACGUUAAGGAAUGUUGCAUUGAGAAAGAAGGCAAGGUUAAUAACAUUGAGGAAGGCGGUGAAAUUUCAACAUCAACGUUUGUGAAUAGUGACAUUGCAGUUGUAACAGCUCCAGUGGCUUCGACUUCCCUGUCGUUAGCUCCUUCAUUGGAAUCGAGCUGUGUUGAAAGUGAAAACGAUUCUGAAAUCCCUGGGUGUUGGUCCAGUGUUCAGUUGAGGUAUUUUGAAAAAGAGUAUGAUUGGUUAGAGAUAAAAAACCAAAAGCUAGGUUGUAAAAUAUGCUCACGUGUUGGUUGAUUGGGUCCAAAACAAGCAAAGCAUAUUCACUUAGCAACGGAAUGGGUAAAUUACUCUGUGAUGGAAAAUGGGAAGUCCAAAGAAACGCAACAGGCGUCUUUGAGAAAAAAAAUGCGGUCUCAUUCAAAAUCGAGUGCACACUUAGAAGCGGCCAGUUUAUUAAAGUUGAGUGAAAAAGAUGAAUUACCUAUACUAGUUGACCACAUAAAUAAUAAAAGCAUAUCUGCUACAGUUCAUAUCUUUAACGUAGUGUAUAGCCUAGCGAAGAAGAACAGACCAAUGAGCGAUAUUGAUGCUGCCUUAGAAUUACAAGAAAAAAACGGCGUUGAUGUAGGUAAUUGUCUCCAUUCACGGUUUUCCGCAACACGGAUUAUUGAACAUAUUUCAAAACAGAUCAGGAAGAAUCUUUUCUCUCCCAUAAUUAAGAAUUGCGCUAAAGUGUACAUAAUAAUCGAUGAAGCCUCAACUAUAGCGAAACAAAGUGCUUUGGUUAUUUAUAUCCGGUGUGAAGUUGAUUCUGUACCUGAACCAAUGAACGUUUUCGUGGAUCUUGUACCACUGUCAUCUACUACAGCGGAGAACGUUUUUAAUUCAUUAAUUGGAUGCUUACAUGACCACGGUUUUGACAAGGACUAUUUAUCUAGUAAUUUGAUAGGGUUUUGUUCUGAUGGUGCCAGUACUAUGCUGGGUAGAAAAUCUGGUGUAUCCCAAAAGUUAACUGAGCAAUUUCCCAUAGUGAUAUGGCAUUGCUUAAACCAUCGAUUGCAACUAGCUCUGGAUGAUUCAAUAAAAGACAUUAACCAGGUUAAUCAUUUUAAAAUAUUCUUAGAUAAAAUUUAUGCGAUUUAUCACCAAUCAAAUAAAAACCAGGCGGAGCUGCACGAUAUUGCUGUAGAAUUAGAAGUUGAAAUAAUCAAAAUGGGUCGUGUUUUAGGCCCUCGCUGGGCAGCUUGUAGUUUAAGAGCCGCUAUUGCUGUCUGGAGAGCUUAUCCAGCGCUCCACGCGCACUUUGCUAAAAAUAAAUCAUUUUCCGGAAUGGCUAAGCGAUUAAGCAACAUUAACUUUUUAAAAGAUCUAGCUUUGAUGAUCGACAUUUUAGAAGAGAUUUACAUCUUAUCAAACGGCCUGCAAUCACGUACCACAACUUUGGAUAAAGCCGACAAACUUAUAAGGCGUACAAUUAGAGCGCUAACAACUUUGAAAAAUGGCGGUGGUGGUAAACAUGAAGAUCAAGUUAAAAAUUUGAUUGCUAGCAAUACGUUUUCCAAAAUACAGUUUCAACACCACUCGACGAAAUUUACAGCUCUUCCGAGGGAGAGAUUAAUUCAGAGUGUAAUUGAUAAUUUGACAACUAGGUUAUUAUCAACUAACCAUUUCAUUUUCACGGACACAGAAACUACAUCAGUAUCAGGUUCCACUUCCAAUAAGGAUAACUACCAGCAGCUUUUGGAUUUAUUUAAUUUACUAGAGCCCGUUUCAUGGAAAUAUGAAGAAAUAGAUUCGCCGUGGAUUAAGGGGGAAAAAAAAUUAAAGAACUUAAACCAAUUACUAAAGUUUGAUGUAGAUAUCAACGACUUUCGAGAUUUCGUGGACGCGAAUCUCAAAGAAAGCGUUAAUAUUUCGCUUCCUCCAACAAUUGCUAAAGCGAAGAAAAUAAUUAAUUCAAUAGCCAUUAGCAGUUCAGAGGCUGAGAGAGGUUUUAGCGUUAUGAAUGACAUAGCCACAUCUGAACGAAGUAAACUCACCGUGAAUCACAUAUCCUGCCUAAUGACUAUUAAAAUAAUAGGAAAACCUUUAAAAGACUUUGAUGCAGUUCCAUUUGUGAAAAGUUGGCUACGUUACCAUCGUGAUGCAACAGACACCAGAGUUCGUGCCAGAGCUGUCAAGGAGCCUUCGCAAAACGAACAAUAUAUAUGGUCUCUUUUAGAAUGA